GGCCCGCUCCCGCUGCUGGCGGUCCCGGCGUCGCGAGUUCCCGCUCUCCCGCCCCCUCCUUCCCACCCUCCGAGCCGGCUCCGCGCUCUACUCGGCUUCCCGCUCCCUGCCCACGGCCCCGGCGCGGCAGCCCUAUGGCGUACAGUCAGGGCGGCGGCAAGAAGAAAGUCUGCUAUUAUUACGACGGUGAUAUUGGAAACUAUUACUAUGGACAAGGACAUCCAAUGAAACCUCACAGAAUCCGAAUGACUCACAACUUGCUGCUAAACUAUGGCUUAUACAGAAAAAUGGAAAUUUAUCGACCCCACAAAGCAACUGCUGAGGAAAUGACCAAGUACCAUAGUGAUGAAUACAUCAAAUUUCUCCGAUCAAUAAGGCCUGACAAUAUGUCUGAGUACAGCAAGCAAAUGCAGAGAUUUAAUGUUGGGGAAGAUUGUCCUGUGUUUGAUGGCCUGUUUGAGUUUUGUCAGCUGUCAACUGGAGGCUCUGUUGCUGGGGCAGUAAAAUUGAACAGACAACAAACAGACAUGGCUGUCAAUUGGGCUGGGGGACUUCACCAUGCCAAGAAAUCGGAGGCAUCUGGUUUCUGUUAUGUCAAUGAUAUUGUGCUUGCCAUCCUUGAAUUACUGAAGUAUCACCAAAGAGUGUUGUAUAUUGAUAUUGAUAUCCAUCAUGGUGAUGGUGUUGAAGAAGCAUUUUAUACCACAGAUCGUGUCAUGACAGUAUCAUUCCAUAAGUAUGGUGAAUAUUUUCCAGGCACAGGGGACCUUAGGGACAUUGGUGCUGGAAAAGGCAAAUACUAUGCUGUCAACUUUCCAAUGAGGGAUGGUAUAGAUGAUGAAUCGUAUGGACAGAUAUUCAAGCCAAUUAUAUCUAAAGUAAUGGAGAUGUACCAGCCCAGUGCUGUGGUAUUGCAGUGUGGAGCAGAUUCACUGUCUGGGGACAGACUGGGAUGCUUUAAUCUUACUGUUAAAGGUCAUGCUAAAUGUGUGGAAGUUGUAAAGACUUUUAACUUGCCACUGCUGAUGUUAGGAGGAGGGGGCUACACAAUUCGUAAUGUUGCUCGAUGUUGGACAUAUGAAACUGCUGUUGCCUUAGAUUGUGAAAUUCCUAAUGAGUUGCCAUACAAUGACUACUUUGAGUAUUUUGGACCAGACUUCAAGCUUCAUAUUAGUCCUUCAAAUAUGACUAAUCAGAAUACACCAGAAUAUAUGGAGAAGAUCAAGCAACGCUUAUUUGAGAACUUGCGCAUGUUACCUCACGCACCUGGCGUACAGAUGCAGGCCAUUCCUGAAGAUGCUGUUCAUGAAGACAGUGGAGAUGAGGAUGGAGAAGAUCCAGACAAACGCAUUUCUAUUAGAGCAUCUGAUAAGCGCAUAGCCUGUGAUGAAGAGUUUUCAGAUUCUGAAGAUGAAGGAGAAGGUGGACGACGAAACGUUGCAGAUCAUAAGAAAGGAGCGAAGAAAGCCAGAAUAGAAGAAGACAAAAAAGAGACUGAGGACAAAAAAGCAGAUGUUAAGGAGGAGGACAAAGCCAAGGACAGCAGUGGUGAAAAGACAGAUGCCAAAGGAGCAAAAUCAGAACAGCUCAGCAACCCUUGAACAAAAGAUAGCCUGUCAUCAGUUGCAGAACAUAAUGCUAGAAUCUGAGAAUACCUAAAAGGAGAAGUUUUCAUAUGGAGAGGGACUGCUGAUUUCAUUUUGUACUAUUUGGCAUGGACUGUAUUUAUUUUCAAACGGCUUUGUUCUGUUUUUUGGCAAGUUGUAUUGUGAGUUUUCUAAUUAUGAGGCAGAAAUUCCUUUCUUCACCAUGCUUUAUGUAAUAGUAUUUAAAAAUGGAUGUGAGUUAUUAUGUUAAAUGUCUAAACUGAUCUAUUAAAGUAAUUUGCCUUUCCUGAGCUGAUUUUACCUUUUUUGUAAUUUUAUCUUUAUUAAAAAAAAAAAAAAAUUGCA